AUGAUCAUGCUAUUCAAGGGUAAUAGCAGCAGGCUGGAGCAUCUCAUAGAGAAGAUUCAGGCCAACAAGGAGAACCACGAAGUCACUACUGACGAUAUAAAAGAGGCGCUGGGCAGCGUGGGCAGUACGGCGGGCAGCUCGUGGCCGUCAUCGACGCCGGAGCCGUCGCCGUCCCCCGCCUCUACGCCGACGUCGGCCGACGCCGCCGACCCCGACGCCGACCCGCCGUUCACACUUGGUGUCACAGAACAUACGCCCUACCAGUGCCAGUUCUGCGAUAAGGCGUUUCCGCGGUCAUCAUAUUUGAAGAAACAUGAACAGACCCACUCGGAUCAAAUGCCUUUCCGCUGCGAGUUCUGCGCGCGUCUGUUCAAGCACAAGCGUUCGCGAGACCGCCACGUGAAGCUACACACUGGGGACCGCAAGUACCGAUGUGCGCACUGUCCAGCGGCCUUCUCUAGAAGCGAUCACUUGAAGAUUCACAUGAAGACACAUGAUAACCAGAAGCCGUUUCAAUGCACGGUCUGUAACCGCGGCUACAACACUGCCGCGGCCCUCACAUCUCACAUGCAGGGUCACAAACGCGACCGGGAAGGCCGUGAACCUGAUCGUCGGAGGGCGCUGAGGUGCUUGCGAUGUGGAGAGGCCUUCCGUAGACCCGACCUUUUACAGGCUCACAUGGCUAGUGCUCAUGGUGUGGAAACAGCAGCAAUGACUCCACCUCGACGUGUAGCUUCUCAACCGCCGCCAACUCUUCUAGCAUGCAUAUACUGCACACGCGAUACAUUCACCACCAUGGAGCAAUUACAGUUACACGUUAGAGCUGCUCAUUCUGCGUUACUGAAUGGUGAAACACCACAAACUGUAGAUCAACCAGCGCCUACAGAUCUCAGCAGGCGAGCUACAGAAGAUAUGCCAGUGGUAAAGAGGCCUCGUUCUGGAUCGGGAACACCGCAGACUGCAUUAUCGCCAAGUACUUUAUUAUGUAACCAAUGCGGUGCGGCAUUACCUGAUUUCGAAGCGUUCCGAGCCCAUUUGAAAGGCCAUUUGGAAGAAGGAGGAGAACUUAAUCGCUCAAGUCCAACUCCGUGUGUUCAUUGUGGUGCAACCUUCGCCGACGCUGCAGCAUCUGAGCGUCAUCUUGCGUCAUACUACUUGGCCGUUUCUUGUGAAUACACAUGCCAUAGCUGCAGUAGAAGCUUUUCCUCGCCAGAUGAAUUGCAAAAACAUCUUCUCGAUAUGCACUCUCAACAUUUAUACCGCUGUUCUCUUUGCAAGGAAAUAUUCGACUCAAAGGCGGCAAUACAGGUCCAUUUCGCAGUAGCCCACAGUGGUGAGAAUAAAGUGUGGAUGUGUCGGUCUUGCGGUGCGGGCGGCGGCGCGCUUCGCAGCGAGGCGGCCGCCGCGGCGCACGUGCGGACACGGCACGCCCCGCCGCGCUGCGCGUGCGGCGCCGUGUUGGCCGGCAACGUCAGGCCGCCACGGGCCUUCCGCUGCCCGGUGCCCGCUUGCACAGACACUUUUGCGGUUCAGUACCUUCUGGAGAGACAUAUGCAGGCCCAUCACGCUAUACCUCAGGCGCUCAACGGCGACAUGAGCAGAGUGAAACGCGUAGAAAACAACAAUACUGCCGAAGGGGCAGACGGAGCUUGUUCUCCUUGCACCACUGGAGAGAAUGCUGGAGCAAACGCCGGUGAUGAGCGAAGAAGAAAAAAUGGAGUGGUCGCGUUACAAUGCGCCUAUUGUGGGGAACGUACAAGGAGUCGCGCGGAGCUUGAAGCGCAUACUAGAGCGCACUCCGGCGCCGCGGCCGCUAGGCAUAAGUGUCUCAUUUGCGAUGAGGUCCUCCCAUCUGCUGCUGUAUUAGCGGAGCAUAAGCUCACGCACUGCAAGGUGGUUGCAGGGGAUAUAUGUGCUAGAUGUCGCGCGCGUCUUCCGUCUGAAGAGUCGUUCUUAACCCACAUGGCACGACACCACCCUGCUCUGCCCGCUCCCUGUGUCAUCUGCCGGCAAACCCUCGCAUCGGAGGCCGAAGCACGUCUGCAUGCACGAUUCCACCUCCGCCCUUCUGAAGACGAGCAGAGAUGCGCCAUAUGCCUUCGAGCUCUACCCGAUACAGAAGCCGGUGAUGGGGCCCGCGCUUGCGCCGACUGCUAUGCUCGCCAUGCUGGCCCUAGACCUCCUCCUCCAGCUGACAAUGACUGCCGACUCUGUCGUCGGGCACUCGGCUCUCCUACUAGACUACAAGCACAUUUGAUCGAGCACACCUUCGCUGGAAUUGAUACUUUUACUUGCUACUUAUGCCGAGCUGUAUUCACCAGUGCUGCAGGAUUGCAGCGUCAUCUGCCAGAACACGCUGACGUGCCGAGGCCGUUUGACUGCGGCCGUUGCGGAAUGAAGUUUUUCUUCCGCGCGGAAAGGGAUAAUCAUGCCUUUGUACACCUUGAGGAGGCCGAGUUUGCACAAAGGGCAUUUUACGAAGCGUACGCUAGGGGAGCUGUAUCCGCGUGGGCUGCGCUUGCGCCGCCAGAUGCUCAACAAGUCGUCACGCCGCCAACAACGGUGGACGUCAAACAGGAACCAGAGGUGAAGGAAGAACGGAACACAGACGAGUAUAUUGAAGUAUCUUCCCCUCCUCCUCCGCCACCGGCCCCAGCCGCCCCGUCGCCUUCUCCCGUAGUAAAACAGGAGAAGCCCGACGAAGACUGA